AUGGCCGACAAGAGAGUCAUUGUCACUUAUUGUGACGAUGCCCAAAUAUGGACUCACUUGUCUGAAGAAUUGUCAAACAGGUUGCCACUCAGAAACAUGUCCUGGCAAGGAAUCCCUUCCAGAAAUACCACAAUCUCCUCGGCGACAUCGGCCAUCUCCACAUCUUCACCACUACCCAGUCCAUUAUCUGACAGGCCUCCUACCACGCUUGCUGCUAGUAACUCUAAUCUCCAUCACCCCUCUUCUUCCGCCCCCGAUCGCGAUAAAAUGUCCGCUUCGAGACCUAUAGACAUGCUGGAUAUUGAGCUCAAGAAAUUCUCCCAGGACGUAUUCCCGAAAGAAGGUCCAAUCACUCUCAAUCCUUCCACCAUAUUCUGCCAUAUGUAUCUUGUUAGCUGUGAAGACGCCGAACUAUACAAGGCUACCGUAAAGAAACAAAUCCAAGAUUGGGUAAACCUAGUCACAUCCAAAAGAAACCAGGAAUAUAUGAUUGUCUACCUGCCUGGUCCAAGUGAAAAAAGAAGCUCGAGAUUCCUCACUGUAGGAAGCUCGGUCUUUGACAAGAUUAAGGCCGACUUCAACACGAAACGUGAUCGAGUCGCUCAGCUAAAACUCUUCCAGCCGGGCCUAUCCGAUCUAGAAAUAUGGGGCGACUUCUUCAACAAGAUGAAGGAAACCAUUCUUGCUGGUUUUACGCUGCAACUAGUACAGCGCGAUGAAGAUACUAAACGCCUGGAAACACAACGGCACUUGCCUGGUUGGAAUUACAAUCAAUACUUUAUACUCAAGGAAUCUCUGUCAAAUAUGUUUGAAGUCAUGACGAUUUACGAUGCUGCUUUACAAUGCUAUGAUGAACUAGAAGCACUCUUUACCCAAAUGCAGAAUCAAGGUGCCGCAUGGUUCAAAGCAUUUGGCGGUACUGAUAUCGGCGACGAUUCAGAAGACAUCUUCAAUCUCAAAAGAAAACCUUAUCGUGACCUCAUCCUACAAACUAAUUGUACCAUAUUCGACUUUCGCAUUUAUCUAUUCGGACGACAGUGUCAAAUGCUCGUCAAACUCAACAUGCCUACGGAAAUAUGCCAACGGGCAAAAGUAUUCAUCUCUAUGUUUUCCCGGACUCUACGAGAAUAUCAGACAUCACUUAUUCCCCACUUUGCUGAAGUAUGGAUAUACUCCACUUGUUUGCAUAUUGUAUCGCACUGUGAAGAAGUGCUCGCUGUUGCUAAACAGAAUUCUGUUGCUCUGGAUUUAUACGAGGCCGCAAAGGCUGAUUUACUACAUUAUGCAUGGUGUCAACUGGACUCUCUUGGUGGAUUAGCUGGUCUGAUUGCACCUCAUACCCUCUCAAGUCCAGCAAGCGCUUCAAAGGCUGGCGCUGCUUCUCUAUCCGUAACGGAUAUCACAAACGAAGAAUUGAAGAGCGCUUUACAGUCUGAGCAACUCUUUGACGAUCUCUAUCUGAACUUGUCGGCUCGCGCUGCCAAAUGCUUCGAGUUGGGUCAUCGGCCACGGCAGAGCAUGAUGCUACACAACGACGCAGCCAAUUUACACUUCCACCGUAAACGAUAUCUCGAAGCCUCAAAGGAAUGGGAGUCUAUAGUGUUCAAAUAUUCUGCGGCGGGAUGGGUGUCGAUAGAUACCAUUCUUUUGGAAAAAUUAUCAACGUGUCAAGAAGAAUUAGGUCAAAAGACUCAACUAGUGCAGUCCUGUCUACACAUUCUGUCUCAUCCUUCAGCAAUAUCAACUGAAAAGUUAUCCUCCUUUGUCAACAAACUACAGAAAGUCUCAAAGGAAAUGGACGGACCUAUAUUGAGAGACAGCGACACGCUUUUCCAGGUUUCUGUGAUGGGCCUGGUAGUAAAAGUAGGAGAUGAAGACGGGCUGAAUGUUGAAAUCAAUAUUCAUUCUACGCUCCCCAAGGAAGUUUUGCUGGACAAGGCGUCUCUAUGCAUGGUCGGUGGUGAAAUGAAUGAAGAUGUUAUUCUUACGAGACUGGAUGUCUUGAUAAAACCUGGCUCUAAUGUGAUUCGAGUGUCCUCAGAGAAAACUAGCGUUCCUGGUUCUUAUGCAGUGGAAAAUGUCAAGUUGAAUAUUGGUCAGGUCACAUUUUCCUACAAUUUGCUCAAAGACAAUCGCAAGCAUGUCUUCAAAAUUCUUGAGCACGCUACGUCGUUACGACUUACUGUAUCUCUACCUGAUCAAUUGGUGUACGGCGAGCCCGUUAGUGUCGUCCAAAUGAGAAUUUAUUCUCGUCAGACUGCCUUCGAAUCUGGAACCAUCACUUGCUCAUCAUUGUCUGGGCUCCUCAUCCUCCCACCAAAAUCCGUCACCUUUCGUAUUUUUUCAGCUCUUGAUGAUCGUCAUAGUGACCCAGUACGAGAGCAAACGAGGGAAACUAUCGAUGGGCGCAUUCAAGUACCUAGCUGUGGAGAAAACGACGUGAUUGAGUUUCUAGUGCCAUUCUCAAUCCCGCCACCAUCUCAAAUGACAUCUCCUAUUGGACGAGUUGAUCCUCGAACCAACGAGUUGGAACACUUGAUCAAAAUUACAAUGCCCUACACCACAUCAGACUCUCGUCGCCGAAUAUAUUCCGCAGUGGAAAGGGUUAAAAUGGGAAUUCCAUUUCUCAUUGGGCACAGUGUCAUGGAGAGUGAAAAGGGGCUGCAUGUUUCUGUCGGUGCAGUAGGAGGAAGAGAAAUUCCUACACGGCUUGUCUCGUCUCAAAUGGUGGCUCCUCCCUCGUUCUCAGUCAAGGAAUAUUUUACAGCCUCGAACCAGGUCGAAGCCUUUAUAAUUAGCCAGCUCGAGAAUUACCUGCAUAACCACUCAGCUGCUCAGUACAUUGGGUUCUUGACUCAGUACUUGCGGGACAGAGUAUUGCACAGACUAGAUUAUGCAAGUUAUGCCAUUCUAGAUAGCAUGCCAUUUGUAGAAUAUGAUAAAGCAGGACUGGCAAUGUCGUUAAGCUCGGAGGAUGCUGAUGUUCGUGAGAAAUUGUUGGAUUUGGUGGAUGACUUUCAAGAGUCCCAUAGAACCAUUGACAUGGCUGCUGUCAGAGAUUCAGUCAAGAUGCUACCGAAAACGAUAAUCUACAACGUUUAUUUGCCAUCUUCUCAGAUUCUACUCACUGCGGAUCUUGGACUCUGUGGCUCUCAAACCAAUUUUGUCAUUGGAGAUAUUAUACCAUGCAAGUUGACUAUCUCAGAAUCGAGAUGGCCAGCUGGCACUUCUCUCCAAGCUAUAGAGGUAGUUUGUGAAGCUGUAGUCCAAAAUGAUUUGUGGAUGUUUUCAGGAAAAAAGAGACGAAUUCUGACACUUGAGCAAGGAAAGGGCUUCACGAGUAUGAUUAGCCUUAUACCAUUAAAGAAUGGCAUGCUCCCCUUGCCAACCUUUCAAAUCUCGCCUUUCCGUGUAAAUGGCGAGCCUGUCAAUUAUGAUACCCCUCCAAUAGCCCAGAUACAUUUUUUCGGAGCUCGACAAGUAUCUGUGAUUCCCCCGUCUUCGUCACAACAGAUAUUCGUCAGUGACGAACCAUCAUUUGUCAAGGGAAGCGUCCAAAGCUGGAAGUUUCUGAGUUGA